GACGUCGCCCGGCGCGCCAGCCUCCGGCCCGGGGCCGUCGGGGUUUGGGGGAGUCGGAAGGAGCGCUGCACCGCGCUGCGUUCGCGGACGCCCGCGCUUUUGCGCGCCGCGGAAGGCAGCCGGAGGUGAAGCCGCCGCGGGCUCGCAUCCUCUCCGCUUCGCCUCUGCGCCGAAGAAAUGAGCGGUGGCUUGGCGCCAAGUAAAAGCACAGUUUAUGUAUCCAACUUGCCUUUCUCCCUAACAAACAAUGAUUUAUACCGGAUAUUUUCCAAGUAUGGCAAAGUUGUAAAGCCUGCCACGGAGCUCCCGGGAUCCCCCAGUUUCUGCCUGUCCAGAAUGAGGGGACAGGGUUACUAUAAUGAAAGACAAAGAUACUAGGAAGAGUAAAGGUGUUGCAUUUAUUUUGUUUUUGGAUAAAGACUCUGCCUUAAACUGCACCAGAGCAAUAAAUAAUAAACAGUUAUUUGGUAGAGUGAUAAAGGCGAGCAUCGCUAUUGACAAUGGAAGAGCAGCUGAGUUCAUCCGGAGACGAAACUACUUUGAUAAAUCUAAGUGUUAUGAAUGUGGGGAAAGUGGACACUUAAGUUAUGCCUGUCCUAAAAACAUGCUUGGCGAGCGUGAGCCUCCAAAGAAGAAAGAGAAGAAGAAGAAAAGGAAACUCCCUGAACCGGAAGAAGAAAUUGAGGAAGUAGAAGUGAGUGAAGAGGAAGGAGAGGACCCGGCUCUGGACAGUCUGAGUCAGGCCAUAGCGUUCCAGCAGGCCAAGAUUGAAGAAGAGCAAAGCAAAUGGAGACCCAACCCAGGGGGUCCCUCGACCUCAGAUGAUUCCAGACGACCAAGGAUAAAGAAAAGUGCAUACUUCAGUGAUGAAGAAGAACUUAGUGAUUAAAAUAUUUAUUUUGUAAAUAUUCAAAUAAAAUCUUACUGUACCAAAUGCA